UUGCCAUGCACCCAAAUUGCCAUUGCUCCGAACUCCUUGACUUUUAACCCAACAUAGAUAAAAAAGUGCAUUUUAACCGUCCUAAUCCACAACAACAACAAAAAUGGUCCUCUCGAAGCCGUUAUUCAACGCUUUAGGUUUUUAUUUCGAGCAGCUAUUCAAUCACCCGAUUCGAACCAAAGCAAUUACAUGCUGUGUCAUAGCCACUGCCGGGAACUACGCCUCGCAAUGCAUCUCCGGGAAUAAGGUCCUCAACCAGCACAGCCUCCUGGCUUAUGGCAUUUUCGGCUUGCUCUUUGGGGGCACCAUCCCGCACUAUUUCUACGCGUGGUUGGAGCGGGUGGUCCCCGAGGAGGCGGCGUUCCCCAUCGCCAAGAAGCUGUUCCUCGAAAGACUGAUUUAUUCGCCUUUGUACCAAGCGUUUACGUUGUACGUUCUGGCACGGUUGGAGGGCAAAAGCCACGAGGGGGCCCUCGACCAGUUGCAAAGCCUGUACUGGAGCGUCCUUUCGUCGAGUUGGAAGUAUCUCACCGUCAUACAUUUGCUCAAUUUGAGCGUUGUGCCCCCGAUGCUGAGGGUCUUUAUCAUUAAUCUUGUGGGAUUUUUCUGGACGAUUUAUAUUGCCAAUAAGAGGCGUCAACAAGCCAAGCGGGAUAAAUAACGUUAUAAAAUUGUCAUUCCGUAAUUUAAGGGUGUUUGAAAUAUUGUGUAAUUUGGUUAUAAAUAAAUAAAGCGCUACUCAAGUUUU